GGCCUGGCCUUGGCUCUGUGGUGAGCAGCCAGCGCCUCGCACUCGGCCUCCCCCUUCCGCAUUUUCCUGAGGCUCUGCGGCAGUGACGUCUACUGCUGACGGCAGCCCGGGCCAGGAGAGCUGCCCGCUCUUUUUUCCUCUCCCUCCUUCCCCCCUCUCUUUCUCUCAGCCAUCGAGCUCGGCCCCUCCCUUUCUGCCUCUCGCUCUCACUCUAUUACCUUCCCCCCUCCCUUCGAAUCAGCCAUCGCGAACAGGCCUAACGGACAAGGCGCCCCGGUGCACGGAAGGAACUGCUGCAACAUUUGCAGAAAAAUUAGCUAAUGAUUGUUCAGCGUCAUGGAAGAAGAUGUCGCCGAGCUUGCGCUGCAAACAGAGCCGCAUGCUUUUUUUCAUACUUCAGAACCCGGAGCCCCUCACCUUAAUGGUAAUGAGAUCAUUGUGGAAAUCCAAGAGACUGUCUAUGUUGCAGAUGGAGAUGGAGGCAUGUCCGUUCAAGGAUUUCAUGAUGACGCCGACUCUGUUGUUAUUCAGGAUGUAAUUGAAGAUGUGGUCAUUGAGGAUGUGCAGUGUUCUGACAUUUUAGAGGGAACACGGGGAUCAGAGACUGUAAUAAUACCAGAGCAGGUUUUAGAAGAUGACAUUGGGCCUGACACAGAGGAACAGGAGCUGGAGGAAGAUGUAUUAUCCAAUUGUGAUGUUCCUGAGAAUGUUUUGGACUCUGAUUUAGUGGCAGGAGCGUUGACUGUUGGCAGGCGUGAACGUGUUCUUCAUCCAGAUCAUAUAGUAGGGGAGGAGAUGGCAGAGGAUGGUCUUGGUGAUGACAUGAUUUCAGAAGAGAUCCUUGUCGCAGACUGUGCUUCUGAAGCCGUGAUUGAUGCUAAUGGCAUUCCAGUGCAAGGUCCUGAUGGGGAAGAAGUAAAUUGUGAUGACUACCUUAUGAUAUCUUUGGAUGACGCUGACAAGAUUGAUGAAGAGUGUGCAGAAGAAAUUGCUAUGGGUGGUGAAAUGGACGGAGACCCAGCUAAGCUAGAUGGAUCAUGUCCAGAAGUCAUCAAGGUUUACAUUUUUAAGGCAGACCCUGGUGAAGACUUGGGUGGCACUGUAGACAUUGUGGAGAGUGAGUCUGAGAAUGAUCCAGGAGAUGGACUUCUUGAUCCUCAUACAGGAGGUCGUCUUCCUCGGGAAAAAAUGGUUUACAUGGCGGUGAAUGAUUCUCAGCAUGAUGAUGAUUUGGAUGUAGCAGAAAUUGCUGAUGAAGUGUAUAUGGAGGUAAUUGUUGGAGAGGAAGAUGCUGCAAUAACGCAAGAACAUCAGCUGGAUGAUGCUGAACUAAGCAAGACUUUCAUGCCAGUUGCCUGGGCUGCAGCUUAUGGUAAUAAUAUGAGUAACAACUUGGAGGGAGUGGAGCACAGGAAUGGCACUGCCAGUGCCCUUUUGCACAUAGAUGAAUCUGAUGGACUGGACAGGCUAGGAAAGCAAAAACCAAAGAAAAAGAGAAGGGGAGAAAAUCGCCAGUACCAAACAGCCAUAAUUAUUGGUCCCGAUGGCCACCCACUUACUGUUUACCCAUGUAUGAUCUGCGGCAAGAAAUUCAAAUCCCGAGGCUUUCUGAAGAGGCACAUGAAGAACCACCCUGAACAUCUGGUGCGUAAGAAAUAUCGCUGCACAGACUGUGACUACACCACCAAUAAAAAAGUAAGUCUACAUAACCACCUGGAGAGCCACAAGCUGUCUGCUGCAGUCAUUAAAACUGAGAAGGAGCUGGACUGCGAUGAAUGCGGAAAAAUAUUUCUACAUGCGAAUGCUUUGUUCGCCCACAAGCUGACACACAAGGAAAAGGCGGGCAACAAAAUGCACAAGUGCAAGUUCUGCGAUUACGAGACGGCCGAGCAGGGCUUACUGAACAGACACCUUUUGGCCGUGCACAGCAAGAGCUUUCCACACAUCUGUGUGGAGUGUGGAAAAGGCUUCCGCCAUCCUUCAGAAUUAAAGAAGCACAUGCGCACUCACACCGGCGAGAAGCCAUAUAUCUGUCAAUAUUGUGACUACAAAUCUGCUGACUCCUCCAAUUUAAAAACCCAUGUUAAGACAAAGCACAGCAAAGAAAUGCCAUUCAAGUGCGAGAUUUGCCUCCAGACAUUUGUAGACGCUAAAGAUCUGCAGGCACACGUUAUCCUGCAUCAGGAGAGCAAAAGUCACCAGUGCCUGCACUGUGACCACAAAAGCUCAAACUCGAGUGACCUAAAAAGGCAUAUUAUUUCUGUGCACACCAAGGAUUAUCCCCACAAGUGUGAAGUCUGCGAGAAGGGCUUCCACCGACCUUCCGAGCUUAAAAAGCAUGAGUCUGCACACAGAGGUAAAAAGAUGCAUCAGUGCAGGCACUGCGAGUUCCAAAUUGCGGACCCUUUUGUGUUGAGCCGGCACAUCUUGUCGGUACAUACUAAGGAGUUGCCAUUCAGGUGCAAACGCUGCCGCAAAGGCUUCAGGCAGCAACAGGAACUGAAGAAGCACAUGAAGUCUCACAGUGGUAAAAAGGUGUAUCAGUGUGAGUACUGCGAGUACAACACCACAGACGCUUCUGGUUUUAAACGCCAUGUCAUCUCCAUCCACACCAAAGACUAUCCCCACAGAUGCGACUACUGCAAGAAAGGCUUUCGCCGGCCCUCUGAAAAGAAUCAGCACACCAUCAAACACCAUAAAGAGGCCAGCUUGGUGUGACUGUCGGUGUGUGCCGAAUACUGCUAAAACAUACCCGUUUUUGUAGAGACCAGCGUCAGGUUUUGUUUUUUGAUUAUUCUCUGUGCCUCUAAGCUAAUAGUUACUUUUUUUUAUUCCAGUCCUGCUCUUUGUUUAAUAAAUUAACAAAGUUGCAUCUACGAGGAGAUCACUGGAGAUAUGUUCAGUUCACUCUUCCACAUUUGUCGAUGUAUUUUAUGUGCUGUUUUUGUAAUUUUCUCCCCAUAGUAAUUCACGUAGUAAUAUCAUGGCCUGCUCUCCACAGAUCACACUUGCAAAAACUUUGCCCAAUUGAUGUUACUCAUUCACACAGUGCAGUUUUUACUUAAAUUUUUUUUCCUCUCUCGGGGAAAACAAGGAGUGGAUCCUAAAGUGAAAGGUAUAUUAAAAAAAAAUAUAUAAAAAAUUCUCCCCCCCUUCUCAAUCCAUUUCUAGUUUUGGCUGGGAAAUAUCAAAAUCUGCAUUGUACUAACAAAGCUUUUAAAUAUUAUUAUUAUUUUUUUUUAUAACCUGGCUUUUAAAAUAGGCCAUCAAUGUGUGCUGUGGGGUCUGUCCUACCUCCAGGCCUCCAGUGAUCAGAAUCAGGGAGCAGUGACUUAACACAUUAAAGGGAUUGUGCAGUGCUGAGGAUAGCUCGUCAAUAUCUGUGGCACAGCACAACCCCUUUAAUUGCAGGGAUGACGCUGUUGGUCUUGGGGCUUCUGGAGGCAGGACCCCAUCUGAUCCACAUUGGUGGAGUGUACAUUCCCACUGAUACAAGGUUGUAUGAAGUGCAGUAAUAUUUCUAUUAAUUUGACCUGUUGUUAAUCCUAUUCUAGUCUGUAAAAUGUGAAGCAAAUCUCACCAAAAUUAUGAAAAUGAUUUUUCAUUAUUAGGAAACGUACAUUUAUUUAUUUAUUUUUAAUCCAUUUAUAACUUUUCUUCCGUAUUUCCGAAUCUGAAAUGCAGUACAAUAUGGUUUACCCAACUAAGGGGGAGGGAGUAUUUAGGCAAAAACCUAAUCCAUUGCUUCUCCUCAUCUUGGGUUCACAGAUGAUAUUUUUAUGCUGUACCUCUUUGAUAUACCAGGUUUGCAGCUUUAUCCAUCAUCCAUUUCAUUAUCAUCACCAGUGUUAUCCACUUGCAAUUUAGAUGUUUCUUGUGGGUUUUUUUUUUAAGGAAAAAAGAAAUGUCUAUUUCAGAAUAUAUACCCAGUAUUUUAAGCAGUUGUUUUCUUUUUAAAUAAAUUCUAAAGAUUUUAUACUUCCCAAAUGGCGACUAUAUAUUCCGGCUGGAGAAAUAAAUGCUUUAUUGUAAUAUAGAGUAACCUAAUGGGGGGGGAGCCGGAGAAUACUGGUGAUAACAGUAUUGAUGGCUGUUAUAGAUAUAUAUAUAUAUACAAUGUUGACAACUGAUCGUUUUAUUUGCAUCAGAAAAUUGUAAAAUCUAUGCAGUGCAAUUAUGCAAAGAGCAGUGUAGACGUCUUCGCUUACACAGUGAAAAUAGCCGGCACCAUGCGUGUUGCUCAUAUGUACGUCUGUCGGUCCACUUUAGAGAAUUGGCACAUGGAAUUUUAUGGAGAUUUUAAAUGCUGUUUACACUUGUAAUAUGUUGGGCUUUUAUUUUUAAUUUGGGUCUUAAAUUAUUGAAAGAAAUUGCACUUUUUAGUAUAAGUGGUAGCGUGUUUUGCCGCAUGCAGAUCACAGGUUGUUUUCGGGGAAGAUCAGACUGGUGUCGCUUGUCAACCGGCAUAAAUUGCCUACAAGGAAAAUUGAUUGAAGUCUCAUUAAUGUUUGCGUCUUAGGUGGAUUUUUGUAAAAUAUUAAUGGCACUUUUUGUACUAGAUCAUGACCCAGCAUGUGGUGACGCCGCUCCUUGUGCUUUCUAUCCAGUCAAGUUGAUUUCUUUGCACAUAUGACACUAAAAAAUAAAAAAGUGGGGAAACGUUUGCAAACCUUGCCCCAUCACGGGAGAUUCAUCCAUGCUGAACAUCAGACCUGCUAGGCCCAGUAAUUUGAUAGCAUACUGCAGGGGGGAAUCCUAAGCAAGGCUUUAAUUCAUUUUUUUAAAAAUUUUUAAUGACCUUUCGUGUAAGUUACCAGAAUGUAUUACAUUAAAGUCUAAUAGUUACUAAAGUCGGGCCAAAUGGGCACGUGACCUGCAGUGCAGUGUGUAUUAUUCCCAACAUGCAUAUUAUCCAGUUCUCUUGACGCUAUACCUGCAGUUUUAAGAAGAUUAGAAUAUAAUCAAGGCUUUUUUUCUUUUUACAAGAAUGGGGCUGUAUAGAUGUAAAUUUGAGUUUUAAAGUUUUUUUUUUUUCCCGUACGCUUAGAUUCAUCUGGCUUUUGUAAAGACCGCGUUUGUAUAAAGAGGUUGUAGCUAUUGUUCACACUUGUUCCUUUGUUUCCCUGUUUGUUUGUUUGUUUUUAGUUUCAGCUGAAAUGUAUGGUAAGUGCUCCAAAUUUGGAUGUUUUGGUUGAAUGUUUGAGGUACAGUUCCCCCCCCCCUUUGUACAAGAACAUAAUGUAAAUUAUUCAUUAGACACAGCCUGUAAAAUAUUUUAUGUCUUUAUUCUGUGUACAAUUUUGUAUAAAAAGUAAAGCAAAAUCAAUAUAGGGAUGUGAGAUUGUAAUUGUGCUCUUGAUAACGUGGUAAAAUAAAGAUCCGAAUA